ACGGUUUUUUGGGCGGCGCCCAGACCUGGAUCCACCCUGGAACCUUGACUUAGUUCCACUCUCGUGAAAUCAAUACAAGUGAUUCAAGUAACCUUUCAUCACGGUGUUGAAUGUUAUUUGUGUGCAUUCACGUGUCGUCUCGCUUCUCGAGUAUGGUAUCUUCUUCUAGGCAUAUUAAUUCAAACGUAGGCUAUUUACCUUCCCACUCCCCUUCCAAUAUCCAAUUGUAUUAAACUCUUCUAGGAGUCUUUGGCAAGUGGAGUAGAUAUCAACAAGAAUGGUGGAGCUACACCCUGCGGUUGAGCUACCGCUCUCGACGGAUGAACUGGAAGAGUUAGCGGAGGACAUGAAGGAUCGGGCGUAUGCAAUGGGGGUACUAAUCCGCCCCUCCAAACACCAGACGAUACAUGGACCCAUUACGCUGCUCCCAUCCACCUUCCCAAGACUUCUCUACAACAAGGCAAUGCAGUUACAGACCGAUAUUAAUCUCCUUAUGCUGGGGAUCAGCAAAGACGAUGAAUUCCUAUAUGCAGCACUUAAAAGUGUUGUUCCUGUUGACGAGUUCACAAGACGGCUUUAUGAGAUGCAUUUACAGGUUAAAAAGGAAGGCUGCUUCAAGCCAGUAACUUUAUGCAUCAACCGGACCGAUUAUAUGCUAGACUGUUGUAAGGAGAUCGAUGAGGAGUCUUUCCUGGACCUAUCCAUGGUUGAGAUUAACACAAUAGCAGCAGGGUGUCCGGCUCUUAGUACAAGAUUAGUCGAUGUACAUAGGUUUAGUUUAGAGCAGCUUGGUAUGAGUAGAGAGAAGGUAUUAGAUCGUGUACCAGGCAACUAUGGAAUGGAAGGGGUAGCAGAUGGGAUGGUGACGACGUGGCGACUAUACGGAGAAACAAAAGCCGUCAUAGUAUUUGUUGUACGACCGGAAGAGAGCAAUAAAUUUGAUCAGAGAUGGAUGGAGUACGGUAUCAAGGACCUGGAUGAUCGGGUGAAGGUCAUUAGAAGGACACUACCAGAGAUAGGCGAACGAGCCGAACUACGGGGAGACGAGAGAAGAUUAUUCAUAGAUGAUAUGGAAGUUGCGAUACUCUAUUUUCGAACAGGAUAUUCACCGAUAGACUAUCCGACAGAACUGGAGUGGAAUGCCAGGUUAAUUGGUGAAAGGUCGAGGGCAGCCGUGUGUCCAUCUGUGGCUAUGCAGUUGGCGGGGACCAAAAAGAUUCAACAAGUUCUUUACGACCCUGGAUCUAUCGAACUCUUCAUUAAAGGAAAACAGAGAGUCGAUGAUGUGCGAAGCAUAUUUACAGGACACUAUACUCUAGAUCUUACACCUGCUGGUGAUGAGGCUGCUGAGAGAGCUAUUGCAAACCCGAUGAAGUACGUCAUGAAACCACAGAGGGAAGGAGGAGGUAAUAAUUUGUUCGGGGAAAAGAUGAAGGAAGCGCUGGUGAAGCUUCGUGGAUCACCGGAGAGGGCGGCGUACAUGCUAAUGGACAGGUUCAACUCUCCGGUCAAUCAUAACUAUUGCAUGAAGUGCGGAAGCUCGGAUCUAGAACUCAUGACUGUGGCCAGCGAGUUCGGUCCUUUCGGAACGUUAGUAAGUUACAACAAUGAAGUGGUGUUCAACAAGGCAACCGGAUACCUGUACCGUACUAAAGACAUUAAACUCGAUGAAGGAGGGUUGAUGGUCGGGACGGGGUUCCUAGACACACCCUAUCUAUCAUCUGCAGAGGUCAUCUGUCCUGCAGCAACCCAGAAUGGAUUUGGCGAACAUUAAACUCAAAAACUUCAACCUUGAAGAUAUGAGAUGUUCGGGAUUAAAUUCUUGGAGAGGACAACUCCCAUUCGUCUACUAUAGUAAUCUACUAAUUUUCCAAUGUUAAGUAUUUAGCUGUCUGCAGAGAGAAAUUGUGUCCGGCUAUUUGAUUAUCUAUGACUUCACAGGCCUUUUCCCUUCCGGGUAUCUUGCCAUCUAAGUUUUAAUGAGAAGUAA